UACAAGGGAUACCUGGAUACCCAGUAAAGUGGAGAACAAAGUGCUUACCAUCUCCGUCACAAUCGUCGAACCGAAUCGGAGCGAAGAAUACCGGUAGCGAUUUCCGAUAGCCGGAUCUACGAACGACCUUGACCGACUCUACGUUGGUGUCCAUCCCCUUUUCCGUUUUCCCGCUGCUCGAUCAAGUUAAUCGAAGGGAAGAUUUCCCGGAAGGCUGAGUGAUAGUGCGACGCUAAUAGUGAGGUAGCCGCGGUAUUUUUCGUGUGAUGUAUUUACAACCGGAGAAUUCGUGGUGAACUCUGCUCCUCGUUCGAUUGCCUCCUCCUGAUUCCGACUCAUCCCGCAGGGUUACUUCCGGGUUGCAAAAGCCAUGAGACUAGCGGCAGUGCUGACGUUGCUAUGCUGUCUGGCGAUAGGGGCACUCGCCUCACCGGUGCCCAAGAUCACCGACAGCAAGGUGUCGACUCAGAAUAUUGUUGCAACCGGCAGGCAAGCGCCCGCGGCGCCAGCCCCCGUCGAUGAUGAUGAUGACGACGACGACGACGAUGACGACGACGUAGAUUUGGACAUCACUGAUGACGAUGAUGAUGACGAUGACGAUGAUGACGACGACGACGACGACGACGAAGAUGAUGGCGAUUACUUGGAGCGUUUCAUUGAAGAUAUACUUGGAGGAGAGGACGACGACGAUGACGACGAGGACGAAUCCGCGGCACAAAUACCCGUUGCAGCCGUAACACCUGCACCUGCCCCCGUCAAUUCGCAGCAGGUACCUCUCGCCGUGGCGGCUGAUCUGAAUGCCGAGGAAGCCGCAGCGUCGGCCGAGGCGACCGAGGAGGAUGCCAGCAGCUACGAAGACGAGGACGCGAGUGACAUUGCCGAGAAUCAGGCCGCAUCCAACGUGCACGAGACGACAUUCGAAGGUGCCGAGUCCGUCUCGAAUCCGGUAUCAGUCCAGGCCGUCGGAGCAGCGCCCGGUGGCGUCGCGGCGGCUCCUCCGACCAGCGACGACGAUGACGACGACGAUGACGACGACGACGACGAUGUAGACCUGGACAUCACGGACGAUGACGACGACGAUGACGAUGACGACGAUGAUGACGAUGACGAUGACGAUGACGAUGACGACGAAGUGGAAGACAUCGCCGACAUCGCCGACGCUAGGCACGCACGUGGCAUGGAAUCCGAAUCGAGUGGUCACGUGCCAGCAAUUUACGUGGCAAAGUACAAUCGUUUUGUCGAUAAUAUUCUCGGCAAAAUCAACAAUAUUCUACGCAGUAAUUACGAGCCGGUGACCGUAAAACUGACGAAUCCAAGUACAAGUUCCAAGACGAGCAAGAAUAAGAAUAAGAACAAGAAGAAUAAAAGGAAGGGCACCAAGAAAGGUACCAGGAAGAGCGCCUCAAGGCCGAUCGACACGUCUGUCACUGAAAGGAGUGACAAUGAAAAUGACGUCGAGAAAGUCACGGAGACCACUGAAUUAAUCGUAACGCAAACAAACGUACCGGAAAAGGAACCAAUUUCACUGGAAUCUUCCGCAGAAACCCGUGCGAGAUCUAGCAAUAGACGUACUUCCAACAAGAAUAACAAGAAUUCUAAUAAGAACCGCAAGCGAACGAAGAACAAGACGAAGAAUCAAAACAGCAACAAGAACAAAACCAAGUCCAAGAGCAGCAGGCCGAAAGCAAGAGCUACUCUAUACGGACUGGCGUCUUUACAGAGGACUGGUGAUGUAUCGGUAAACAUGAUGAGUGAUCAUACAACAAUCAAGACCAAGUUCAGUUUAGGACCAUUGGUGCUAAAGGUCGAGAAGGAGUUCGGCAGGGCUGCGAAGAAGGAGCUGAGGAGCGCGACCGCCACCACGGCUGAGAUGUCUGGCAAGUUGAGCCUGCGUGUGUUGCACGGCGGCGCGGCGACGCUGCAUUCUAUUCGGGUUUUGCAACCUAAACAGGUUCGAGUGGAAAGCCAGGACGACCACGACAGAACGCGAGAGUUCGUGUGGAAGAGAUCGUCGCAUAUCGCGCAUUUGGUGUCGCAGAAACUUUCCUCGGCCACCAGGUCAAUGCUUCGACCGCCGCCUGCUUCACCCGCAGCUUAAAACUACAUACUCCUGCCGCUCCUUGGUCCAACUGAAACCGUGGAUCGAAUCGAUCCAUGAGGAAUCCUCGUUGAGGAUCGACAAUAUGCAACACGAUGCAUAUUAUUUACGAUCUGUCAUCUGUCGCAAAAGUUGCGCGAUGAUUUCGGCGGAUUAAUUGUAAUUGGAUACGUAUUAAUAAAUCGAUAUUUUUUCACUCGCGAGAGAAAGUAACGCUGAAAAUGCUCGCGUACACGAUGUCCCACUUGCACUGCGUUAUUUUUUUUUAGAUGACAUACCGCUUGAUCAGUUCGGAAUCGAUUUUUUCUCGAGAGAAAUGUCGAGGCAUUGAUAACUUCUCAAUUAAAAAUAAAAGAUUUUUGAAGAACUCAGCUGCUCCAUAAAAACGACAAAAUUAUAUUUGAUUGAUGUAUACAUAUUUUAAUAUAUACAUUAAUUCCACGUUAUCUUUGUUAUGUACUAAAAAUAAAAAAAUUAACGAUCAACGAUAAUUUCUCUCGAAUAUUUUCACUAUCAAUGAGAAAAAAUCGGCUCCGAGGAUUCAGAAAUUAGAUACGGCAGAAGCAAGACAACCCAUAUGUACAAUACGGGCUUCACACGUUGGACCAAUUUCGGCCGUAUUUUAUUUAUUAUUAUUUAUUUAUUUAUUUGUCAUAUAGUUGUUAUAUUUGUAAUUCGUCUUCAGAAAGUCUGAUAUAUGAUAUUCUAGGAACGUGGUUAAACGUCGAAAUACGUAGAUACGAGCCAUUAUAUGAGUUAGGUCAUACUAUUUAGAUAAAUGUACACAGAAAUCUGUUGCCAGAAUAUUAGAAUACAGAAUGUAUUAUCACAUGACAAA